UUUUGAAAGGUGUCAUUGCUUUAUUUUUACAAUCUUUUUCUUGAAUCGCACCAUGAAAGCCAAAUAUAGUAUCUUAUUGCCUACUUAUAAUGAAAAAGAAAACUUACCAAUAAUUGUGUGGAUGAUUGUGAAAUAUCUGUCCGAGGAAGAUUGCGACUACGAAAUUAUUAUCAUCGAUGACGGUAGCCCGGACGGCACUCAAGAAGCGGCAAAGCAGCUGGAAAAAAUUUAUGGCUCCGAUAAAAUAUUGCUGAGACCCAGGGAAAAAAAGCUUGGCUUAGGUACAGCAUAUAUUCAUGGCAUGCGGCAUGCAACCGGGGACUUCAUCAUAAUUAUGGAUGCCGAUUUAUCACAUCACCCUAAAUACAUACCUGAAUUCAUCAAAGAACAAAAAAAAGGAGACUACGACAUUAUCUCGGGGACCCGAUAUAUAAGAGACGGAGGUGUCAACGGAUGGGAUUUUAAAAGGAAAUUGAUAAGUCGGGGUGCUAAUUAUUUGACACAAGUUCUCUUACGGCCCGGAGCCUCGGACUUGACUGGUAGCUUCAGAUUGUACAAGAAAGGUGUCCUUCAAAAGCUUGUUGACUCGUGCGUUUCUAAAGGAUAUGUUUUCCAAAUGGAGAUGAUCGUGAGAGCAAGGAAACUUGGCUUUAAAAUUGGGGAGGUUCCGAUUGCGUUUGUGGAUCGACUUUAUGGAGAAUCUAAAUUAGGAGGCAAUGAAAUAUUUCAAUUUGUGAAAGGAUUAAUGUACUUAUUUGCCUUCGUAUAA